AUGAAUACUGGAUCUCAUGAUCGCGUGCUGUAUACUCCCACGAGUCCUACGAGAGGUGCUUCGAGGCACCAACGGUCGCGCAGCAGAGCCAGGCAGCGGACGAGCAGCCGGGCACCGCGGCGGUCGCGCAGCCGCACCAGUCGGCGCUCGCGGGGGCGCAUCAGCCGCUGCUCUCCGGACGAAGACCAGCAUCGGCGGGGCAAGAGGCGCAGCCGACGCCCGAGCAGUCAACGGUCGCGCAGCCGGGACACCGGCACUCAGCAGAGCCACCUGAGCGGCAGCCAUCGGACGCGGAAACAACGGCCGCGCAGCCAGGACACCGGCGCUCAGCAGAGCCACGUGAGCGGCAUCGGCAGCCUUGACGCGGCUGCUCCGGGGCCGUCGAGGCAUCGCUCGCGUAGCCGGACACGUCGGUCACGGAGCCGGCGCAGCCGCCGGUCGCGCCGCUCAACUCCUCGACGUAGCAACUCGAGCGGACACAGGGCACAUGGUCGUGACGAGCGAAGAACCAAGGACACUGGUGAGCCAUUGAGUAAUACUAAUAUUGCGGACCUGGUAUCAGCGUUAAAAACGUUUAGGAAUCCUAAUGUUGGUUUAGAUAAACUCUCUACGAAUAAUACUGUACCUGAAUUCGACCCAGGAAAAAAAGAAUAG